AUGCCUGAUACAAGGAACCGUCGAGGGUCGUCAUCCAGAGGUCAGAGGCAGAUCCGCUCCCGCACCGCCCGAGCUGAGUUGAUUUUCUCCGUUAGCUACGUGGAGCACCUCCUGCGAGAAGGCCGCUACGCCCAGCGCCUGGGUUGGUCUGCGCCCCUGUACCUGGCUGCUGUCAUCGAGUUCCUGACGGCGAGGGUCCUGGAGCUGGCGGGCAACGAGGCCCAGAACAACGGCAGGAAUCGCAUCACCCCGGAUCUCGUGGAUAUGGCCGUCUACAACGACCCGCUGCUCAGCAUCAUCUUUGGGACUACCACCAUCUCCCAGGUUGUCACGACUCGGGACUAG